CAACAAUAAUCAAUAAUAGUAGUUAUAUUCAAUGAAGGUUCAUUUGACCAACAAGAGAUCGUUUUCUAAACCUGAAAUUAAUUUACACUCAAUGAGUUAGUUAAUAAAUUAUUAUCUUAAAAGGAAUAUCACAUCAUUCGAAUGAAUGGUGAAAUAACCGGAUAAGAUAUUCUUAAAUUACACCAUAUCUGUAUUUGAGACUCAGAUUGAGUAACUCAAUCUAUAUUUCAAAUCACCUGUUAGAGUAAUUUAUGUGUAUCUGUAAUGUCGCAUGUGCUUGAUAACAGAUUAUGUCUUACUGGUGGCUGAUUGAAGUUCAAUCAUGAUUACUCUCUAGUGACUUCUAACGACUUAAUGACUUCUAAUGACUUUAAUAUUUGAAACCAUGUAACAUAUUCGAGUUAUAUCUCAUUUGUGUUUAUCACAAUUUGAAAUUUUGCGUUUUUUUCAUUUGUUUUAGUCUCUCAUUUAAUCAUUUCUGAUGGCUGAUCCUGUAGAGUUUAUUCUUGGUGGAUUGGCAGCUGCUGGAGCUGGUUUCUUCUCAAAUCCAUUGGAGGUUGUUAAAACUCGAAUACAAUUACAAGGAGAGUUACGAAGUCGUGGACAGUAUACUGUUCAUUAUAGAAAUGUGUUCCAUGCUUUCCGAGUGAUUGGUAAAACUGAAGGCUUACUAUCACUACAAAAAGGAUUGGUUCCAGCCAUUUAUUACCAAUUUUCCAUGAAUGGUGUUCGUCUUGGCGUUUUCCAAUGCAUUGACAACUCUGGAGUUACCCGCAAUCAACAAGGUAAACCGAUAUUUGGUUAUACUGUCCUAGCUGGUGCUAUUUCUGGUGCAAUCGGGGCAGCUGUUGGUUCACCCUUUUAUCUGAUAAAAACUCACCUUCAAGCUCAAGCCAAUUCAUCUAUUGCUGUUGGACACCAACAUAAACAUGGUUCAUUUAGCGAAGCCUUCAUCAAGAUUUUCAAAACUCAAGGUGUCACUGGUCUUUGGAGAGGAUCUCUCGCAUCAAUGACUAGAGUUACCGUUGGAUCCUCCGCACAAUUGACUACUUUUUCCAAAUUUAGGUCUUUUUUUGACAAUUAUCCAUUUUUGAAAAGUGAAUCAUUGGCGAAUACAAUUGCGGCUGCUAUUUUUUCUAGCUUAGCUGUUGUUACGAUGAUGACACCUUUCGAUGUUGUUUCAACUCGUCUCUAUAACCAGCCAGUUGACACAGUUACGAAGAAAGGUCUUAAAUAUAAAGGGAUGUUUGACUGUGCUAGAAAAAUUCUGCAAACUGAAGGCCCAUUUGGUUUCUACAAAGGAGGAAUCGCUUCUUAUAUUAGAAUCGGUCCACAUACGAUCCUUAGUCUUCUUUUUUGGCGUGAAUUUAGAAAAUUGUAUUUUUCUAUCAACGGGGAAUCGAAGGAUAGCAAAACUGUGAUUUCAUCCUAAAAAUAAUUCAUAUAUAAAUAUAUUAUUUAUUUUUUAUCCACAUUUUAAAUGUAUUAUUUAAAUAGCAAAUUGUCAAAAAUAUUAUUAUGCAAAGCAAUAGUUUUUAGCAAAAAUUUCAAAUGUCGAUUUCAAAAAUUUUAUCUAAGGCUUAUUGAGAAUUUGCUUCCAUUAAGUGUUCAAAACUUUUAUAUCUUCGAUAGAAAUGACAUUGAACAAUAAAGCUCAAAUUUCUCCAACCGA